AUAAAACCCUCUCCACGGCCGCCCCCUCUCCUGUUACCAAACACAAACUCAGACGCUGCCGAUCUCUAAAAAUGGAGGCCGUCAGGCUGCUGCCGUAUAAUUCCACUUUCCUCCGCCCAAAGCGUCUCGAAUUGGCUCCGUCCACAUUCAAUGGGGCGCAUAGCAAUGCCCAAAAGAGGGAGCGUACCAUCAAGACGUUCACCGUCGCCGCGCUCCAGGUACCGGUGUCCCCCCAACAUUUGCAACUUCCGCGCCUUAAAGUCUCGCCCGAUUCGCUGCAGUUACCGCCUGGAUAUCUCGGGGCCGCCGUACCGGACCGUGUUGUUCUCGAGGACGGUGAGGGUGACAACAUGAGCGACGUCAUGGGGUACUUGACGAAAAUAAUCACGUCGGAGGUCUACAAAGUCGCUAUCACGUCGCCGUUAGAGCUUGCCCCCAAGCUAUCCGAGCGGCUCGGCGUCGCGGUUUGGCUCAAGAGGGAGGAUCUACAGCCUGUUUUCUCGUUCAAGCUGCGUGGAGCUUAUAAUAUGAUGGCAAAAAUUCCCGAAGAACAGUUGAAGAAUGGGGUUAUCUGCUCAUCGGCUGGAAAUCAUGCUCAAGGGGUUGCAUUAGCUGCCAAGGAACUCGGUUGCAGUGCGGUGAUUGCUAUGCCUGUUACUACACCAGAAAUCAAGUGGCGAUCUGUUGAGAGGUUGGGUGCAACAGUUGUUCUUGUGGGGGAUUCCUAUGAUGAGGCACAAACAUAUGCCAAAAAACGGGCCAAAGAAGAGAAUCGUACAUUUAUACCUCCUUUUGAUCACCCAGAUAUCAUCGCGGGGCAAGGAACUGUUGGGAUGGAAAUUGUAAGUCAAAUGAAAAAAGAAGGGCCAUUGCACGCUAUCUUUGUGCCUGUGGGGGGCGGUGGAUUAAUAGCUGGUAUUGCUGCAUAUGUGAAGAGGUUUUGUCCAGAGGUAAAGAUUAUUGGGGUGGAGCCCUCUGAUGCAAAUGCAAUGGCAUUAUCUUUACAUCACGGUCAACGAGUGAUAUUAGACCAGGUUGGAGGUUUUGCAGAUGGUGUUGCUGUCAAAGAAGUUGGUGAAGAACCUUUCCGCAUAUGCAAGGAAUUGGUAGAUGGUGUAGUCCUUGUAAGCCGUGACGCUAUAUGUGCCUCAAUAAAGGACAUGUUUGAGGAGAAAAGGAGCAUUUUAGAACCAGCAGGUGCUCUUUCCCUUGCUGGAGCUGAAGCAUACUGCAAGUAUUAUGGCCUCAAGGGGGAAAAUGUUGUAGCUAUAACUAGUGGAGCGAACAUGAAUUUCGAUAAACUGAGAGUGGUGACUGAACUAGCUAAUGUUGGUCGGCAACAGGAGGCUGUGCUUGCAACGGUUUUGCCCGAGGAGCCUGGUAGCUUCAAACGAUUUUGUGAACUGGUAGGACCAAUGGAUAUCACUGAAUUCAAAUAUAGAUGUAACUCUGACAAAAAGGCUAUCGUCCUGUACAGUGUUGGCGUCCACACAGUUUCUGAACUUGAAGAAAUGCAGGAGCGGAUGAAAUCUUCUCAACUUGAAACUUACAAUCUCACGAAAAGUGACUUGGUUAAGGAUCACUUACGUUAUUUGAUGGGAGGCAGAUUAUAUGUUCAAAAUGAAGUUCUUUGUCGGUUUGUCCUCCCUGAGCGGCCUGGUACUCUGAUGAAGUUCUUGGAUGCUUUUAGUCCACAUUGGAAUAUAAGUUUGUUUCACUACCGUGGACAGGGUGAAACUGGUGCAAAUGUUUUGGUCGGGAUACAGAUCUCAAGUCGUGAGAUGGAUGAGUUUCGUGAACGUGCGAACAAUCUUGGAUACGAUUAUGCAGUGGUAAACAAUGACAAUGACUUCCAACUUUUGAUGCAUUGAUUGGAGCCUACGCUGUGAUUGAAGCUAGCUGUAGGUGGAUUACCAGAUUUCCGAAGAUGGCCUGGGGGUGGAAAGCAAAGACCUUCAAACCUUGUUCUAGUAGUAGAGAAGAGUGAUUCAUGUUUUCUCCCCCCUUCCCCUUCUCUGUUCAUUUUGUUAGUUUAAGAUUGGUGUACUGGGAAAGAUUUUGUUUGAAUCAGUAGCGUCACAAAAUCCUUCAUGAAGUGAAGAAAUAACACGAUGCACUAAAUUUUUUUUGUU